AUGACAAAGGAAAAUGCAAUCAAUCAAACUUCCGCUUCGAAUUAUCAUGAGAAAGUCGGCGAAACACGAAAACAAACAGACUCAGAACACUUGUCUUCUACACGAAAAGAAAGCUGUUUGUGUGAUCUUGGUUUCAAAAGAACAGCUGAUUCCUCUGGGUUUCACUACGGUUCGUGGGACACAUCCUUGCCCAUCACUCGAAGAGGAGGCUUCUUCCAGGACUCCUUCUUCUCCGGUACACAUCGCGACUUCGAUGCCUCCAUCAGGAAGGUCCUCAAUGGCUGGAAUGACGCCGAACACCAGCUGGCGGACUUCUGGGACGAUGACGACUUCCACCGCAGCGACAGACUGGGCCGCUACAGGCAGCUUCGAUCGCGGAACCUGUGGAGUGACAACCAGGCCGUUACAGUUAUUUUAGAUAACAUUAGUUAUAAGGUAAGUUGCUUGAAGACUGCACACCCUUAUUCAAUUCAUCUACAUGUGUAA